AUGCGUUUUUCAAUUGCCUGCACCAUCGCGGUUUUACUGCAAACCGCAUUCGCCGCCCCGUUUGAUACCACAAAGAUCGGCAACAUCGACACCCCGGGGGGCCUGGUCAGGUCUUCUGCUUACCCGGACGGCGGCGUCAGUGUCCAAGGUGUCGAGGCCCAUGGUCCCCAUAUUCGUAGCAAACGCGGAAACGGUUCCAGUAGCACUGGCAGAAAAUGCCGUCAGUGUACCGCUAGAGGAACCUCGUCAGUGCAGAAAGCAUGCGCUGAUGCUAGCAAAAAGAUUCGCAUGUGGUGCAAUGGGAUAACCGCCGAGGCGCAAAAGGCCAAUGCUGAAAUGACCAAGCAGGUGAAAAACGCUGGGGUAACCUUGGAUACCGUAGGGAAAAAGGUGAAUGCCGAUGUGCGCAGAAUAGGGCACUGA